AUGGCCGACACAGCUGUUGACACCACCGCGACUGCAGAGGUUACAGCCAAGGAGCUGAAAGAGAAGAAAGAAGUUGAAGUGGACAAGGAGGAGGACAAGACAGACAACGGGGACGCACCUGCUAAUGGCACUAAUGGUGCUGACCACAGUGACAAAGUUGAGGACGCUGCGGAGGAAGAUGAACAGAAGAAUGGAGAUGGGAAAUCGGAGCAAGAGGCGCCCCCUGCUGAUGAGACGGACGCACAGCCUGUGAAGCGUGCUGCUGAAGAAGAGGAGGAGAAAGAGGACACCAAAAAACAGAAGACGGAGGAGAAUGGAGACUCAAAAGAUACAGAGGUGGAGGCUUAA